UCCGUGCAAUUUUUGAGUCUUUUGGUUCACUUUUUGCUGAACUAAUACAUCUUUUACAGUCCUCGUCUAAAUGCUUUUUUUUUUUGUAAAAAUAUAAAUGGCCUUAUACAUUGUAGCACUAGUUAAAAAUCCUAAUGAAAAGCGGGACCUCGUUAUGCUGAGUCCUUCAUAAAAGGAGAAGGAGUCGUUGACAAAGGUUUUCAUGAAUCUACUCGGUAAUGUAUUUGUAGAUGUUAUGUGCCACAAGUUAAAUUAUAGGUAUUUUAGCAUCCCUGAAUUUCAAAAUAUUCCUGUGGCUCAAAAAGGUAUGGUUAACUGUCCUCUGAGAGUUAAGCAUCCUGAAGGCACUGGUGCUGCAGCUUGCGAUAAAAUAUGGUAUGGUAUGCCUUCAGCCUGUGAGCUACAUGGUUCGAGUGCUUUUGUUGAAAGUUGCCCCUCUUCAGAAAGCGCUUCUACUAGCUUGUGGUGCGGUAGCUCAGGUAGUGAACCGUUGUUCUUCAGCAGUGGCUGAUCCAACGCUCCUCUAAAGUGUUUCUUAAUUAGUGAAACUCAAACUGCACUUUUUGGGAGGUAAGACUGAGAAGGAAAGAAUAUAUUAUCUGAGCCUGUGUUUUUGCUGCUGAUUGACAUGUUCUAUUAUAAGCUUUCUCAGCCAAAGUAGCAGCGUUAAAAAAUUCAUUCUUUUUGGAGAUUAGUGCAGUAGUCCUGGAAAAAGAGUUUAAACUUCUGUUCUUAUUAGAAAAAGUUCUGAAAACUCUUUGAAAUGCACUGAAGAUUUUGCAAAUGCUAUAAUCCUUUAUGGGGUGUUUACAUAUUAAUGUUGAGCUGUAGAAUAUAAGUUCCAUGCUGCUUAUAAACUCUUCCAAAAACAUCUUCCAGUGCUUCACUGACAGAAUUGUGGAGCUGGUAUUCCAUCCUGAUGCUUAAUCAUAGGAACAAUAUAAGGUUGGCAGAAAACUUCUCAAGGAGAAGGUAGUGAAAUGUCUAAUCCAGUAUCUAUUUAUGUUUGAUUGAAAGAUCUCUGAUCAGAGAAGCACAGUUAGAACUAAAUGCACUGGAGAGGCACCCUCACGGAGAGGAGAUAAUGAAAGGCAAAGAACAAGAAAAGACCACAGAUGUGAAAGCAAUUAAAACUCCAAUACCAGUACAUUCCCCUCAAAGAAGCACUAGAAAUCAUGCCUUGCUGGAGGCUGCAGGACCAAGCCAUGUGGCAAUUAAUGCCAUCUCUGCCAACAUGGACUCUUUUUCUAGCAGUCGGACAGCUGCCCUUAAGAAGCAGCCAAGUCACAUGGAAGCUGCUCAUUUUGGAGACUUAGGCAGAUCGUGUCUGAAUUAUCAGGCCCAGGAGACCAAAUCAAGCCUUUCAAAGACCCUUGAACAAGUUUUGCAGGACAAUGUAGCCCUCCCUUAUUUUAUCCAGUUUAUGGAACUACGUAGAAUGGAACACUUGGUUAAAUUUUGGUUAGAGGCCGAAAGCUUUCACUCCACGACAUGGUCCCGCAUAAGAGCACAUAGCCUGAACACAGUUAAGCAGAGUUCUUUGGCAGAGCCAGUGUCUCCCUCAAAACAGCAGGAAAUCAUGUCGUCUUCUCCAACUGGAUUGCUUGAAGAGAGACUGGAGGAUUCUAGCACAGCCCAUCUGCUCAGGACCAAGCCAGUGGCUCCAGGCAAGAGCGACAGAAAUAGCAACAGCCAGAACCACGUGCUGUCAGGUCAGGAGAGUGAUAAUGCCGGUGUUCUUUGUCUGAGAAAAUCUGAGACAGGGACCCAUUCUGUUCCAGCUGAUCAGCAAGAAUCUUCCAAGCUUACAGUAUCAAAUAGAAACAGUCCCUCGUCUGCACUAAAGGACUUGUCAGGAAAACUAAUGAAAAGUAUAGAACGGGACGCAGUUAGUACUUUUACCAAAUAUAUUUCUCCAGAUGCUGCUAAACCAAUACCAAUUACAGAGGCAAUGAGAAACGAUAUAGUUGCAAAGAUUUGUGGGGAAGAUGGACAAGUGGAUCCUAACUGUUUUGUUACAGCACAGUCAAUAGUGUUUAAUGCAAUGGAACAAGAGCACUUUAGUGAAUUUUUGCGAAGUCAUCAUUUCUGUAAAUACCAGAUUGAGGUGCUGACUAGUGGAACUGUUUAUCUGGCUGACAUACUUUUCUGUGAAUCAGCCCUGUUUUAUUUCUCCGAGUAUAUGGAAAAGGAAGACGCAGUUAAUGUGUUGCAGUUCUGGUUGGCAGCAGAUAACUUCCAGUCUCAGCUUGCUGCCAAAGAAGGUCAAUACGAUGGGCAAGAAGCACAGAACGAUGCUAUGAUUUUAUAUGACAAAUACUUCUCCCUUCAAGCCACGCAUCCUCUUGGGUUUGAUGACUCUGUGAGGCUGGAGAUUGAAUCCAACAUCUGCAGGGAAGGUGGUCCCCUCCCUAACUGUUUCACUACUCCCUUACGGCAGGCCUGGACUACUAUGGAGACGGUUUUUUUACCUGGUUUCUUGUCCAGCAACCUCUAUUACAAAUACUUGAAUGAUCUCAUCCAUUCAGUACGAGGAGAUGAAUUUCCAGGAGGGAAUAUUGCACUGAGUAUUCAAGGCCCCAGUAGCUCUCCUGACAGCGAUUCUCAGAUAGGGGGCCCUGAUGGCUCUGCCUCCCAGUCCAAUGUCAAAAAGGCUAAUGUUAAAAUCCUGAAAAAUUUUGAUGAAGCAAUAAUUGUAGAUGCUGCAAGUCUGGAUCCAGAAUCUUUAUAUCAACGAACAUAUGCAGGGAAGAUGACAUUUGGACGAGUCAGUGAUCUGGGACAGUUCAUCAGAGAAUCUGAACCAGAGCCUGAUGUCAAGAAAUCAAAAGGGUCCAUGUUUUCACAAGCAAUGAAGAAAUGGGUUCAAGGAAACACGGAUGAGGCUCAAGAAGAGAUGGCUUGGAGGAUAGCAAAGAUGAUAGUCAAUGAUGUUAUGCAGCAGGCACAAUGUGAGCAGCAUUCGGAGAAGGUUACAAAGCUAUGAUUUUUAAAUGCCAGAACAGGAAAUCUAAUUUUCUGCUUUGAGAAUGAGUGAACUUUCCCUUUUGGUGGAUUCUUUAACACAGCCAAUAAAAGCAAAGCACUGUUACUACAUACCGCCGAUAUCUCCCUCAUUUGUAAGGAAGAAUUAAAAAGAAGCAAUCCUGUACCUCCACUGUAGAGAGCAAAGAAACACUUUUUCCUGUUGUAUACGGCAUUCACAAUAAUGAUGUUUUUUAAAGAGAUGAAGACACAGUUUAUGAACGUGUCACUGAGAAACUGUGCUCAACUUCACAAAUACUUGACCCUGUCUCAAAAAGACUUUUAAGCAAAAUAUCUGGAAUGGGACACAAGCCACACCAAGGAUGGGGAAGGUUUUGCUGUAGUUUCUAGUUCUACUACUUGUAAUUUUUAAACACGUAAUUGCAAAGGCCACGGGAUAUCUCCCUGACACUUGACCAUUGGAGAAGUGAACCUGAAGCCGUGAAUUCAUUGGCAGUGAAUGACCUUAAAAGUUCUAAGUUUUAUUUUUCCUUACUUGAAAUAGCUGAGUAUUCAACUGUAAGAUAAAUGUAUUUUACUUCAUACUUACAUUAACUUUGAAGGGAGCAUAGAAUGAUGAGGAGUGAAGCCUGGACAGUGUAACUCUUCCUUGUCAAGCUCUUGCACACGCGUACACACACAUUCCCUGCUUCUGACGCACAGCAGACUUGCAAGCCGAGCUUGCACUUGUGCAGCCCCCGUUCCUGAGCCACAGCUCCCGGUGCAGCCCACGUUUUGAGGAGAUUGUACCCAGUAGACUGCUCUGUUUUCUUUCCUCUUUCUUCCACAACCAAGGAAAAAAGUAGUUGCUGCCAUGUAUUACUGCCAUUCUCCAUAGCUUGUUGUCCUGAGACCAAGCUAGUAUCUAAUUCCAGAUGUUUGGUUUAUAAAGAAAAAUAAUUUUUAAUGACUUCUGGCUUUCUUUUCCCUGAUAUUGACAACACUUGAAACUUGUGUAACCUUUAAUUUAAGUAAAAAGCCACUGUGUGACACAGCACCUGUAUUCUUUCCCGUGAAUUAAUUUUACAGAGUAUCUGAAGUACUCGGUGUGUCACUCCAUUAUGUUAUCGCUGCAUCUUUAGUAUACAACACUUCUAUUUUGGGUUUUUUAUUCUACUCUUAUGAUUGCUUUUUUCCUCAAACCUGUGCAAAAAAAAAAUCACUUUAUAAAGGACUCAAUCAUCUCCAAUGUUCAAAAUAUCUUGAUUGACUAGCAAGUGUUAUUCUGUUGCAAUAUUUGAUUGUAUAGAGACACACUGUAUUAUCUAUGAAAAGAAGCAAAAAGGCUGUGUAUAGGUUUUUGGUACUAUGUACCACCUCUUAUUUCUCUCAUGCCCAAGUAUUCAUGUACUUAAAACAUACUAUAUUUAAUUGUGUUUUGAUUUAAAAUAUAUGAAUAUUAAAAUUUG